AUGGAAACAGGAGAACUAUUGAGAAAAUUUAAGGAGACAAAUAAUUAUAAUUAUGGUGAAACAAAAAUUGAAUUUAUUGGUCUUUCAAUCAAUAUAGAAUACAAACAAAAAAUUAUUGAUCGGAUGCAAUUAUCAAAUAAAAAGUUAGUGGGAAAUAUGAAAGAAAAAUUCAAAGAUGUAUUGGAUGAAUGCAACAGAAUGAAGCAUAAAUUUGAAAUGAAGAAUAUAGAGAACACUUUGAUCCCAGAGAAUCGCUAUAAAGACAAUGAUGUGAAUGACAAGUUAUUACAGCAAAUUAUUGGGUCUUUGAAUUAUAUAGCCGUUACCACACGUCCUAAUAUCUCAUUCAGAGUAUAG